GCCUCAGCUACGACUCACUUUGCUCAGGCCUAUACUCACCAUAAAGAACAUAACUUCCAAUCAUACAGAUCGUAUCACCACCUCACCACCAUCACUACCAUUACCACCUAUCACAACUCGCACUCCAUGAGCUUCUGCACAAGAACACCCUCCACACACGCGAUCCUGACGAAGCAGCAGACUGCAGCUUCAGUCCUCCUCGCCCUCAACUUCCCAUUAGCAUCCGCAUCCGCAUCCGCAUCCGCAGCAGCAAGACCUUCCAUCAUCGCUAGCUUCCAACACCACCACCACCACCACCGCAAAAACUUCAGCACCACCCCCCGGACACAAUGGAAAGAAACCUUCCCCGCCCCAGACGCACCCACGAUCCGUAAAACGCCUCCCGCAUGGCCUCAUCCCAUUUAUACCUACGACCAAAUGACAUCCGUGCAAGUCGCCCAACGCGAAUGCAAAACCUGGUCUGAUCGCAUCGCUCUCGGAUUCGUACGCACAUUGCGGUGGGGCCUCGAUGUGGCUUCGGGGUAUCGCAAAGGGAGUGGACAGAUGAGUGAGAGACAGUACAUGAUUCGAAACAUUUUCCUCGAAUCGGUGGCGGGAGUUCCGGGGAUGGCGGCGGGCAUGUUGCGGCAUUUGCAUUCGAUGAGGAGGAUGAAGAGGGAUAAUGGAUGGAUUGAGUCGUUGUUGGAGGAGUCGUAUAAUGAGAGGAUGCAUUUGUUGACGUUUUUGAAAAUGGCGGAGCCGGGGUGGUUCAUGAAAAUCAUGGUUCUGGGCGCUCAAGGCGUAUUCUUCAACGCCUUCUUCGUCUCCUACCUCAUCUCCCCCAAAACCUGCCAUCGUUUCGUCGGACAUCUCGAAGAGGAAGCCGUCCUCACCUAUACCCGCGAGAUCCAAGACUUGGACGCUGGUCACCUACCAAAAUGGGAGAAGAUGGUCGCGCCAGACAUUGCAGUCAAAUACUGGAACAUGCCAGCUGAUCGUCGGACGAUGCGAGAUUUGCUGCUAUACAUUCGUGCAGAUGAGAGCAAGCAUCGCGAGGUCAAUCACACAUUGGGUAAUCUGGAUCAGAAAGAGGAUCCGAACCCUUAUGUGAGCGAAUAUUAUGAUGCAGAGAAGCCACAUCCGGUCAAGGGAUUGCAAUAUCAACGACCGGGUGGCUGGGAACGAGAAGAGGUUAUUGGGAAAUCCUAGAGGGAAGGAAGUGUCUUCUGGCGUCGAUUUUGACCGGUUCCUGGUGUAAAGGCCUAGGCGGUGGUCGACUUGUUUUGAUAGCGUUUGAGCGAUCUUUUGACGGCAUUUCUCUACUCUACUUGGCGCGAAGGAGGUUUCCUCUAACGCAUCGGCUGCGGGCGAGCGGUAUAAUACUACACGGGUUGCCUGGGGGGCUCAUAACCUGACGGCUUAGCAAGACCCAAAGUCAGCACCUCACCUGCUCUGCCUCAGCAAAGUUACAUACCUUUCUCAACUCUCACACUCAACUCCCAUGCCGUUCGUAGCCCAGUCCCUGCGAACUGCCUUACAAUGCAUAGGAUAACCACUUUCCCAC